AUUCACUUUACGAAAACGUAAACAUGAGCAAUCAAACGAUGAUGUAAGGCAAACUUUUUAAAAAAUUAAGCGAUUUAAAUGGACUACACCCCGGGAUACCUUCCAGAAAGCACCGAAUACCAACAACAGACAAGGAUGCUACUAAAACGAGUCAAAUGAAAGGCAUAGACAAGGGAAAAUAGAGGAAAUUCCCUUCAAGAAAAGUGAAAAUCCACUCAGUUCCUCCCGGCAUCUCCUCCUUGACCGACGUCGGCCGCUUCGCCCUUCAAAAUGACGACCUUGAAAAUGCCCCAAAUGCCCAAGAUCAUCGACCAAACCUGCCUUAGGGCCUUUCUGAAUAGCUUUGAUAAUGUGCUGACGGAUUGUGAUGGGGUCUUGUGGAGUGGAGAUAAUAUCAUUGGACGGGCAAAUGAUGCAGUCAACAAGCUUCGAUCUCUUGGGAAGAAAAUCUUCUAUGUCACGAACAACUCAACAAAAUCCCGCGAUGAGUAUGUUAAGAAGUGCGAAAAGCUUGGCUUCAUUGCCAGUAAGGAAGAAAUUGUCAGCUCAUCCUUUGUGAUGGCUCAGUACCUAAAGCAGCAAGGUUUCAACAAGAAAGUGUAUGUUGUUGGAACAUCUGGAAUGACAGCAGAGCUAGAUAAUGUUGGCAUUGCACACACUGACAUUGGGCCGGAACCACUCACCGUCAGUCCCUUCAAGCUGCCUGAGACCAUGGAGUUGGAUCCAGAGGUGGGAGCUGUGGCUGUGGGCUUUGACGCUGACUUUAGUUUCCCCAAGCUCAUGAGAGCUGCGUCACAUCUCGAAGACCAAGAAUGUCUUUUUAUUGCUACCAAUACAGACGAGCGAUUCCCAAUUACUGACAGCAAACUUGUGUUUCCAGGCACCGGAAGUUUUGUGCGUUGUGUUGAAACUGUUGCUGAGCGUCCUCCUUUGAUCAUGGGUAAACCUUCAGAGAAGAUGUUCACUGUAAUAAGUGAGAAAUACCAACUGAAGCCUUCACGCACUCUCAUGAUAGGCGAUCGCUGCAACACUGACAUUCUGUUUGGCAAGAACUGUGGCCUUCAUACAUUGGUGGUGCUGACAGGAGUGACCAAGAAAGAAGACCUGGAAAUGUGGUCGAAAAGCUCUGACGAAGAGAAGCAUCGGCUCCUGGCUGACUAUUGCUUGCCGCAGCUUGGUGACCUGGUUGACCUGUUGAAGACCUUGGAAUGAUAGAAAAAUGGCUUAGGAUGUCUGUGAAUGAUCAUUGAUGGUUGUUAGCAGCAGCUUCUGCAUUUUAUGUUACAUAUACGUGAUUAUAUUCCAUGACUCGGAAGGUUUACAAAUAUAUAAGUGUACUUUAAUUAUUAGUCUUUCUUAUCAAAGGUAUUACUCACUCAGUUCUUGGUGUAUUUUAUUAUCAUUAUUUAGAUUCUCUGUACUUUAAGUUGAUAAUAUUUUCUAUUUUUUUAAAUGUGGUCUUUUUGUAUUACAUUGUAUUAUAUUUAAAAUUAUUAGAAAAUUAUGAAAUAGUAUCAAGUGAUUUGAGGCUAUGUAAGCAUCAGUGAUUAUCAUGCUAAUAGGUAGUCAUAAUUUAAAGAAUCCAUUAUUGGAAAAUAUGAUUUUUAAAUUCAGUAUCUGCAGAAGUCUAGAAAUAUAUUUUAAUUUAAAACAACAUGGAAUAAAAUGUCACAGAUAUCUUCUAAAACACAAAGUGCAAUAUAGAUGUAUAAUUAUCAGGGAA